AUGACCAACAGGCUUAUGCCUAGAGCAGCAGCUGCCUAUGAACGUGAGGCAAGUUACUACCUCAAUGUGGCUGUGGCUGCCUUUUGGGGAGAUAUCGCUUUAGAUGAAGAGGAUUUGAAGCUGUUUCAAAUAGACAGAACUAUUGACUUAAAGCAUUCAGACAGCAGCACAAGACAUACUACAGGUGGCCUGGGGGAGCAGACUUUCAUGCCAAGCCAGAACACCACUUCAACCAAUCGUAGUAGCAAAACAGUUAAAAAGGAUGGCAGGCAGAACACCACCCUCGCAAGGAGACCAAAGAGGAGGGAGCAGAAAGACCAGCCUCACAUGGAUGUGCGCUACUCUCCCAGAGUACGCAGGGCAACCACAUCCAGGGCAGAGAGAAUCUGGCCAGGAGGGGUCAUCCCUUACAUCAUUGGAGGAAAUUUCACUGGCAGUCAGCGAGCUAUAUUCAAGCAGGCUAUGAGGCACUGGGAGAAGCAUACGUGUGUGACAUUUGUGGAGAGGACGGACGAAGAAAGCUUUAUCGUGUUCACAUACAGAACAUGUGGUUGCUGUUCGUAUGUGGGCCGCCGAGGCGGAGGUCCUCAGGCCAUAUCCAUCGGCAAGAACUGUGACAAGUUUGGCAUUGUGGCACAUGAGUUGGGCCAUGUGGCUGGGUUCUGGCACGAGCACACACGACCCGACCGGGACCAGCAUGUCACAAUCAUCAGAGAAAAUAUACAGCAAGGUCAGGAGUACAACUUCUUAAAGAUGGAAGCCGGGGAAGUGAAUUCUUUGGGAGAGACCUAUGACUUUGACAGCAUCAUGCACUAUGCCAGGAAUACAUUCUCAAGAGGGGUUUUCCUAGACACCAUCCUGCCCCGUCGUGAUGAUAAUGGAGUUCGGCCAACUAUUGGUCAGCGUAUUCGGCUUAGUCAGGGAGACAUUGCUCAAGCCAGGAAGCUGUACAAGUGCCCAGCUUGUGGGGAGACCUUGCAGGAUUCAACAGGGAAUUUCUCUGCUCCUGGCUUUCCAAAUGGCUAUCCUUCCUAUUCCCACUGUGUUUGGAGAAUAUCUGUCACUCCAGGUGAAAAGAUUAUGCUAAAUUUCACGUCAAUGGACUUGUUUAAAAGCCGCCUGUGUUGGUAUGAUUAUGUGGAGGUGCGUGAUGGCUACUGGAGGAAGGCUCCCUUAUUGGGUAGAUUUUGUGGUGAUAAAGUCCCUGAGCCAAUAAUUUCCACGGAUAGCAGGCUGUGGAUUGAGUUCCGGAGCAGCAGCAACAUCCUCGGAAAGGGCUUUUUUGUGGUUUAUGAAGCUAUUUGUGGUGGAGAAAUACAGAAAGAUGCUGGCCAGAUUCAGUCUCCCAAUUAUCCAGAUGACUACAGACCUUCCAAAGAGUGCAUAUGGAAGAUUACAGUUUCUGAAGGGUUUCAUGUAGGGAUCGCGUUCCAAGCAUUUGAGAUAGAAAGGCAUGACAACUGUGCCUAUGACUACCUGGAAAUCCGAGAUGGCCCCACUGAGGACAGCAUGCUGAUUGGUCACUUCUGUGGUUAUGAGAAGCCAGAAGAUAUCAAGUCCAGCUCAAAUAAAAUGUGGAUGAAGUUUGCAUCUGAUGGGUCUAUCAAUAAAGCAGGAUUUGCAGCAACUUUCUUUAAAGAGGUGGAUGAAUGUUCUCGGCCAGACAAUGGCGGGUGUGAACAGCGCUGUGUGAACACACUGGGCAGCUACAAGUGCGCCUGUGAACCUGGCUAUGAGCUGACAGCUGACAAGAAGAGCUGCGAGGCUGCCUGUGGGGGCUUCAUCUCCAAGCUCAAUGGGACCAUCACAAGCCCUGGAUGGCCGAAGGAAUAUCCUACUAACAAAAACUGCAUCUGGCAGGUGGUGGCUCCGGCCCAGUACCGGAUAUCUCUGCAGUUUGAAGUGUUUGAGCUGGAAGGCAAUGAUGUCUGUAAAUAUGACUAUGUAGAGGUUCGUAGUGGGCUGGCUUCAGACUCCAAGCUCCACGGCAAAUUCUGUGGCUCAGAGAAGCCAGAAGUAAUUACAUCGUAUAACAACAACAUCAGAUUGGAGUUCAAAACAGACAACACUGUGUCCAAAAAGGGAUUCAAAGUCCACUUCUUCUCUGAUAAGGAUGAAUGCUCCGAAGACAAUGGAGGCUGUCAGCAUGAGUGUAUCAACACCUUUGGGAGCUAUGUUUGCCAGUGCAGGAACGGGUUUAUGCUGCAUGAGAAUGGCCAUGACUGCAAAGAAGCUGGUUGUGAGCACAAGCUGAGCAGUGUGGAAGGAACAAUAUCAAGUCCAAAUUGGCCUGACAAGUACCCUAGCCGGAAAGAAUGUACCUGGGAUAUAUCUGCAACACCUGGGCACCGUGUAAAAAUAACAUUCAAUGAGUUUGAGAUUGAACAGCACCAGGAAUGUGCAUAUGACCACUUGGAAAUGUAUGAUGGACCCAACAGCAAGUCUCCUAUUCUUGGCCGCUUCUGUGGCAGCAAAAAACCAGAUGCUGUGGUGGCUUCUACUAACAAGAUGUUCCUCAGAUUUUACUCAGAUGCUUCUGUGCAAAGAAAAGGCUUCCAGGCAAGGCACAGCACAGAGUGUGGUGGGCGUCUGAAAGCUGAAGUACAAAUGAAAGACCUGUAUUCCCAUGCUCAGUUUGGGGAUAACAAUUACUCGGGCCAGUCCAACUGUGACUGGGUGAUCGUGGCAGAGGAUGGCUAUGGGGUUGAGUUAAUAUUUCAGACAUUUGAAAUAGAAGAGGAAGCUGACUGCGGCUAUGACUACAUGGAGAUCUAUGAUGGUUAUGACAGCACUGCACCCCGACUGGGACGCUUCUGUGGCUCGGGGCCCUUGGAAGAAAUCUACUCCGCGGGGGAUUCCAUCAUGAUUCGGUUCCACACAGAUGACACCAUCAACAAGAAAGGCUUUCAUGCCCAGUACACAAGUACCAAAUUUCAGGACGCAUUGCACAUGAGAAAGUAGUUCCUUAGAAACCGAAGAGUGAGACAUCUACCUGUGUUCUUUAAAAAAAACCAACAAACAAACUCUUGUGCCCCUGACUUACAGCAGUGUACAGUAUUUUUCUGUAAUUGAUACUAAAAACAGUAUGGAAGGUUUGCCUCUGAAAUUAUUAGCAUGGCCCUCUCUUGCUAACAUACCCAGGACCAAAAAAUUUCUUCUAAUCAUGACUGCCAGGGCAAAGACUUUUUUAUAUUUUUUGCACAGUUUGCCAUUGGGCUGAAUGCAGACAGAGAUUGAAUUGGAAAAAGCCUUAGUCUACUGCAUACUCCAUCUCCAGAUAGCACUUAUAAAGUAUCGUAUGCAUUAGCCAUCUUAAUACAUCUCUUUGGAAACAGAUGGUGUGAAUGUUCCCCCUCAAUGAAUGGGACUGUCUUAAAGGAACACUGGGCUGCCCAACCUCAUCUUUCCAGUCCAAGAUACUCUGUGCAAUAAGUACAAAACCAUACAACUGUGACUCCAGAUCCUGGGAUUCGUUUGUGUCCUAUGUAUUUAUUGUCUUGGGUAUUCUGCACAUGUUAAGGUCAGCUGGGGUCACCAUCAAUCUGCUGACUUAUUGGACCAUGUUCAACAAGAAGUCUUUAGUGUCUGAUGUGUACAAAAAGUCAUGGCACGUGUGGCAACCAAAGUACUCUGUACCAGUGGCCAUGGAAGACUGCUAUGGCUGACACUGACUGCUCUGGCAUCAACCAGGAUAAAAAGUUAUAAGGGUAUCAACAUUCAGCUUCAGGGCAUGACUUGCUUACUAGCCAGAGUUGGGAAGCAGUCUGCUCUGCUAAAUGGCUCAUUGUUCUCUUGCAGUAUCCCAAUUCCUGUGUUUUUAUAUAAGAAUCCCCUGCCAUUAUUUGCUGGCUAAUCUCUAUUUAUCUAAGAUAGUUGUAUUGCACAAAUUUGUUCCCUUUCUCUUCCCUGGAAUCACUGCUUCUUAAUUAUUCCAUUCUUUGUUGAGGUCUCUGUUUCCUUUUCUGUCUGAGGUGUUUUCCAGAGGCUCAUAUCACUGGCCCAUUCUCUCUGUGUGAUUCAGUAGUUAGGCUAGCCAGUCAGUUAUAUUUCUCUAUUGAAACACCAUGCUUGAGAAUUCAAGAAUGACUUGGCGCUUGGCACUGCUGAAGGCAUUUCUCUGAAGGCAGAAAACCUACCAAUUAGUUCCCCUAACCUCUGGCUUUGUCAGGUGCAUGGAUGCUCAAGACUAGCAGACUGAGUCCAGGGCUAGGAGAUGAGAACUCAGUUAGCCUAUUUCCACCUGACUUGCUUUGUGACAUUGGGCAGGUCACUUAACCUCACUGUGUAUCUCUUACCCACAUCUGCAAAUGAGAAUUAUGAUGUUUUAACUUUUUGAUUGAAGCCCUGAAGGCUGAAAUGCACUAUAGAAGUGUAAGGUAAUUUAUGUCCAUGGUAGCCACUGAGUUAACCAGCACCAAGCCCACAGGCUUGAAAAAUUAACUGGUAGUUCUGCAUUUCUUUCAGAGAAAGUAGGAGAACCUAAGCCUUUUAGUAAAGCAUUGUAAAGUAUUAUGCUAUAGAUUAUGAAAGAAUUUAUUCUGAAUGGCAUUUCGUUAAGGCACUCAUGGGCAUUACAAGCUAAAAGCUGUGGUAUGUUAGCUUUAAUAAAGUAUUUAUGAGCAAAGGAUUAAUAUGUUUACAUAACCAAUGUACUGUCUGGCCACAGGGCAAUGCCUCAUCAUCUAGUGGAAACUGUGGUAAGUGUGGAGGACUGGCGUCAAACGUCAAGCAUGAAAGUGUUUUCGGAGACAACUUUGUUUCCCAGUGUUUUAUAAACAAAACAUGGCUCCUCUAAAAUUUCUGACCUGAAAUAGGUGCCCAAGAAUUGUGAAUACAAAAAAGAAGCAAAUGCAUGAAAAUAUUUUCUUGCUUAAAACAGGAAAAGCAAAAGUAAUAUAUAAAAAUAUAUAUGCAUGUAAAAGACCAGUAGUCUAAGCCUUAAUAAGUUGUAGGUGAACAAAACUAUGCCAUUGAUGAUAGCUUUACUCCAGGCCAUGUGAAACCAUGUUACUUUGCAUUUGGGGUUUUGGGUUUUUUUAAGGUCUUUUUUUGUUUCCCUUAACUUUUUUUUAUGUGGCCUUCUGCUACAGGCAAAGGUAUCUGGUCUCACACUGUGUGACAGCAAAAUCUGUUUAAAGUGAGCUCUAUUAUAGGAUCUGAUCUUGUGACACCCUCAUUUGGGCAAAACAGCUGGUGGUUUUAAUGGUAGCUUUGCCAUGAAUAAGGAAGUCAGGGCCACAAAUAUAAUAAAACUGGUCCUAGCAAAAUAGAAUGAAAGUCCUGAAUUGCACUGCAGGUGGCAAUUUGGAACAUGCUGACUUGAUGGCUGGAGUGAGGAUGUCUUUCUAGAGGGAAAAUCAUAUAGUAAAACAUUCCUUUGAACUGAAGUGUUUUCAUUACAUGUUAUGCCUAGUUUCUAAUAUUUGUUGGACAUUAGAUUGUAUAUUCUGGGUCAUUGCAAACAUUUGCAAUGUGUUUGGACAGAUCUGCUACAUUUGUUAGCAUUCAAAUAGAUAGGUGUGUUUCUGUUACAGUGAAUUAGCAACUGUUUUACUUUGCACUUCAACCAACAAUCUGUUGAAAAUUUCUCUUCUGUGCUGACUGGGUUUACACAGUCAAUAAUCUUAAAUGCCUAAAAAGGUUUAUUUCUUACUUACGUUCUUUUGUUUUCUUUUUAAGGAAACAAGUCAAAUUCUUCAAAAUGUAUACACAUUCUGGUCUUUGUGUAGUUUUAAAUUUAAUUAAACUAAAUU